CUUUCUUUGCGAAGUUUCUGGGUUAUGACAUUAACGCAAACCCAAAUUAAACCAAAAUUUUGUAUUUCCUGCAUUCAAUUUCUUCUUUGUUAAGCACAAUUUCUUUCUGAACUUUCUUCAGAUACAAAUUAGAAGUUUUCCGAAUCUGGGGUUUUGCUCAAUUUGACAAAUUUUCAACUCGUUUGGUGGGUCAUCAUCAAUGUCUUCUCCUCAAGAGUGGUAUAAUUCACUCCCUCCAAUAACCAAGGGCUACGGGACCCUCUGUCUUUUGUUUACCACUGCAUAUCAACUGGGUGUUCUCAAUCAUUACUAUAUUGCAUUGCUGUAUGGAAAGGUUUUCAAGAAUUUUGAGGUGUGGCGGCUCUUUACAAACUUCUUUUUCCUUGGUGGGUUUUCUAUCAACUUUGGAAUUCGCUUGCUAAUGAUAGCAAGAUAUGGAGUUCAAUUGGAGCAGGGACCAUUUCAGAGGCGAACAGCAGACUUCUUGUGGAUGAUGAUAUUUGGAGCUUUAAGUUUGUUGGCAUUAUAUGCUAUCCCCUUCUUUGAAUUACACUUCGGUGGAAUAUCGCUUGUCUUCAUGCUUCUUUAUGUAUGGAGUAGAGAAUUUCCGACUGCCAAUAUCAACUUAUACGGCCUUGUCACCCUAAAGGCAUUUUACUUGCCUUGGGCGAUGCUGGCAUUAGAUGUUAUUUUUGGUUCUCCUAUCUUGCCAGACCUUCUUGGAAUUGUUGCUGGACAUCUGUAUUAUUUCUUGACUGUACUUCAUCCUCUUGCUGGUGGAAAGAUGAUUCUGAAGACGCCUGCUUGGGUACGUAAGAUAGUUGCAAGAUGGAGAAUUGGAGCUCCAGCACCCACCCGUCCAGUUGCAGGUGCUGGCAGUCGUGCUGCCCCAGCUCAGCCAGAGAGAGAUACAGGUGUUUUCAGAGGGAGAGCUUAUCGUCUCAGUGACUGAACACGGGCCUGCAGGUGAUUUGGGCGCUAGUUAUUCUCUGAAAAAGUAUUGAAACUCGGUCGAUUUCAGGCUGAGAUAAUGAUUGAAGCAGCAGUGACUUUGCAUCUUAGUUGAAGAUAGUAAGGUUAUGUCGAGAGGUAACAUGAUAAUAAUAACUAAUUAAAUUUAUAUAUAAAUAAAACAGAAUAAAGAAAAGUGGUAGAGACCAGCCGUGGUUGACCGGAACAGUACCAAUCAGUACCUCCGAAGCCUCACACAGUGGGUUUUCAACAACAACAAUUUAAUAAUUCAAGCUCAGAAAAUUCAGAUUAGCUAUUUGUAAUUAAUUCGUAGUAGAAUAAUAAAUGAGGAUGACUGAUUGUAAUCAAAAGUAAUAGCUUGAGGCUAUCAAUCUCACGAGUAGCUUGAGGCUACAACUAUCCAAUGUGUUUACACUCAA